AUGGACUCAUCAGCUUUGUCUUGCGGACAGGUGACUACAUAUCAGUUCUCGAUCAAGGACGUGUUUGAUGGCCUUACCGAUAAGGAGAAGCUAUAUGCUCAUCACCUCUCCCAGGCUGCCUGGGCCGGUAGCAGAAUUAUCAUGCGUCAAACUUCACCUGAGGGCACAGGUAUCUUCGACUUUAUUAUGGAGUUACACAAGGCUUGUCAAGGAGAAUGGACCAAGCUUUCUCAGCAAUUCGAAGUGUCCGUCGAAGAAGUGAAUAGCUUUUUAGACUAUGCUGGGACGUUUCCGUCCAAGUUGAACAACUUCUGUGGAGAAAGAGAUCGAAAGAUUGUACCCAGGGUGUCUGCUGACUCUCUACGCAUAAUGGCCAGCAUCUCGCCGGCUACCACCGAGGCACUGGAGAAAGUGAUUGAACCCAUGUUGUCCACCACCCCCGCCACACUGGGACUCUCAAACCCAGCCUAUUAUCCUGGUGCGGCGGAGAGAACCAAGGACGAGAUUGCUGCCGUUGCUCGUGUCAUGGAAAGGCAUGGGCUUAAGCCGGAGAAAACCCGGAUCCGAAAGAGUGUAGACGGCGAUCAUGUUGUUUACAGUAUCUUGCAGGCUUCUUUGAUAAAAGAGUCUGACCAGGAAAAGCGCUUCGGAGGGUCAGGUCCUUUCUUCGACAUUCUCCAGCAAGGUGGUGGCGAUCAGCCACUGGGUGAUGCCACUGUUCGCUUUGUCAGGGGAACCUUGGAGGGAUAUCGCCGGGCCAUGAAGCAUUGGUUGGAGGACUAUAGCCCCAGGGUCGAAAGCAUUUUUGGUUUUAUUGAACCUUACAGAGACCCGUACGGAGUGAGGUGCGAGUGGAGGGGCGUUGUUGGUAUUUCUGAUUCUCAGCAGACUGCUAAGUUGACAGAAUUGGUGGAAAAUUCGGCCAAGUUGAUGCGGACUCUUCCUUGGGCAGUGGCUGAGGUCAACGAUGGCAAAGGCCCGUUUGAGAAAGACGUAUUCAAGACCCCGAGUUUCUCGAUUGUCCAUGCACUUGCAUUCCUCUGCAGUAAUGUCUGGGAAGCUUCCAGUCUUCCCAAUUACAACGACAUCCGCGAGACCAAUGGGUUCAAGAACAUUGUGUAUGCGAACCGGAUGAGCGCUAAUGCAGACCCAAAUCGCCCAUUCCACUGGGUCCAUCCCACGGAAGCCCAAAGAUUCAAGAGGGUAAACCACAUCAUCCGAUUCAUUACUACCUCCAUCCACGAGCUCCUUGGUCAUAGAACCGGCAAGCUUCUGGCGGAGUCUUCACCAGGCGUUUACAACUUCGACCCGGCGUGCCCGCCUGUCAACACACUUACUGGUCGGCCCGUUGAGUCGUGGUAUCGACCGGGACAAACAUGGACCAGCGUAUUUGAGAAGCUGGCGGGGAGUGUCGAGGAGUGCAGAGCAAUGCUCAUAUCCUACUACCUUGACGUCGAGAAAGACAUGCUCUCCAUGUUCGGCUAUGAUGACCACAGCGGUAUCAGAGCAGAAGAUUUCAUCUACAACUUGUAUCUCCAUGUUGGAGUGGUGGGUCUGUGUGCCCUUCAGGCAUUCGAUGUGAAGAAGCAAGCAUGGGGUAGCCCACACGCAAAUGCGGAGUACGCGAUUUUCACACACUUACUGCGCGAUGCCGAUGGGCUCAUGUGGAUCGAAUGUGAUCGAGCUACAGGGACGCUUCAUGUGCGCGUUGACCGUAGCAGGAUCUCGCAUGGUAAGGCUUCCAUCGGCCGUAUGCUUCAUAAAAUUCAUGUAUGGCGUUGCACUGCGGAUGUUGCCCCUUGCAAGGCUCUUUAUGAGCCCCUCAGCACUGUUGAUGGUAUGUCCGAGGUCUGGAGGGAGAUUGUGGUGUCCAAGCCAGACGCACCGUGGAAAUUUGUCCAGGCGAAUACUGUGCUAUAUGAUGGGAAGGUCAAUCUGAGAACAUAUGAGGCGAGCAACGAGGGGAUCAUUCAAUCGUUUGCCGAUCGGUGCGUCUGAAAGCCGGCUAAUAUGUAUAGCUGAGGUAAUGACGAGGUCUUCAGAUUAGUUGCAACUGGAUAGUGGAUAGAAUGCAAUAAAAUAAAGUGCUUUUAGGUGUUCGUAUUCAGGACGGAUGAUGGCAUUCAGCAAGGAGGAGAGAC